GUUGGAGGGGUGACCUAGUGUGUUGAUGGACCUUGGCGAGCUGGCACUCCACACAUGCACUUGCCCACUCUGUGACAUCCUUCCGCAGGCCAGGCCACACAAAUUUGGACUGACGCCUGGUGUAGAAUAUGUUAUACUUGACCGUGGCCCCGCAGCCUUCGGCCACCGUGUCCAUGCCCACUGGAGGAGCAGACUCACUUACACUCUAGAGUCAACCAGGAACUAUUUCCCUGACUCCAAUUCCGAAAUGAAGAGCAGUUCAAUUUGUAGCCAGAUAUUGCCGUUAUUGAAUGUAGCUAAAGUUAGCCAAGAUCGUAUACACUGGAAGUGGAAACUGGCGCUAAUAUAGUUUAAGUAUUUUUUUUUUAAGUUUUUUUUUAUUUUAUUUUUGUCACGUAUCGAAGUACGAGGUGAUAUGAGCAUCCAAUGACAUAAUGGGUACCAUAGUAAGUGUCAAUAUAGUGAUAUGUAUAGCACAUCAUGACUGGUUCAAGACUCUUCAUCCUUGUAUUUAGCAAACAUCAACUGCUUGUAUUGUUUCUUGAAUUGGCUCAUCGUUGUGCAUUGUUUGAGGGUCUUACUCAAUCCAUUCCAUAGUUUGAUUCCACAUACUGAAAUGCUAUGGCUUUUUAACGUAGUCCUAGCAUAUAAGUGUUUCUUGUAGAGAAGUAUUGAUGAUAUUUUUAGGUAAUUGGUUAUUUUUAGCAAUAUGUAUUGUAGUUUUCCUUUUGCAUUGAAGUUAAGAUGAUGCAGUGCGUGUACUGCCAUUUUCUCAGCAGGUUUUUGCAAGCCGUCCAGCUCUUCGUUUCUUAGUCACACAAGCAUGGCAGCCAUGCAGCGUCUUUUCAUGCAUACAUUAUCUCCUUCCCAUCUCCAUCCUCUGUUUUUUGCACCGAGACACAAAUGUAUUUACUCUGUGCACGAUGCACACACACACACACACACAUGCACAAAGCCUGUCAGGCUUGUGAGCAUCAAAGCUUAAUGUAGGUCACAGCAUAAGCCCAAAGGUAUUUUAGUGCACACACAUUCAAUUCAUCUUUAAAAUGUCUUUAUCACAUAAUUUGCCCUCAAUAUUAAGUCGUCACAUCUACUUGAUAGAGCACUAAAGCCUUGACUAAAUGCAUCGUUUGUGUUACCAAUGUUAUUUCAAAACUUCAUUUCUGCAUAGGAUUUCUCUGAUAUGGUUUAGCCUGGCAGCGUAUCAUCCAAAAUGCAACCAUGUGUCAGAGCAUAGAAAUAGAGGAGCUUAUUUCCUCACGUCGUCCUUCUAUAAAUACACCAAACCCUCUGUUCUCGCUCUGUUCUCUCUGCUGCUAUCUCUGCGCACCCAACACCCACCCCCGUGUCUGCACAUUUUCUUCCAACAAUUGGUCAUACAAUGGAGACAAAUGUCACCAAAUUGUCUUGGGAAGGGGACAAAAAGACACGCUUGCCGUGAAUCUCUGAUUUUACUCCCACUCAAUAUCAUCUCUUAUUAUAAUCUCUGUAACAUAUAUAUAAUAGAUUUUGAAGGCAGCACAGUCCAAGAGUACGCCAACGGUGGCACCUAUUCGAUAGGAUGCCACCUAUAAAGGUUGCAGUCCCCCAACCCCCACCCUCCACACAUGUUCAGCAUCCUGUGGGCACAGAGACACAGCUGAGAAGCAGAGAGAGAGAGAGAGAGAGAGCAGUGAGGUGGAAACAUGGCUGAGCAUGAAAGACAGAAAUAGAGCGAUAAAGCAGUCAAUUAGGCGGAGAGAGGAGGAGGAGAAAUCCUUCACGGAGGCAGUGAUGCUUUGUGCAGAUCAGGUUCUUCCUCUCCUCCUUCCUUUUUCUUCAUCGCGUGUGGAUGUGAGAACCUAAUGGAUUUUCGACCUGUGUGGAGCUCACAGGAUGCUCAGAUCCACGUGGGGCCUGUGACGCCGACACAGCUACCUGCUCCCUGGUGAGGAAUGGAUCCAGCGGCGCUGACCCAGAUUGUGGAGUCCAGGCUCGUCGCUGCGCUGCUCUGUGAAUGUGACGUGGAUGUGCUUCAUCAUGCAUUCCUCUGCUGACAUCCGUCUCCACUAGCAAGCACUACCACCAAUAUCGUCAUCGGUAUCAGGAGGACAACAUCUGCUGUGGAGGAAAGGGAGCAGACCAACUCUCUAUGGUGGAGCUGGCAGAUGCUGACACUGCAGCAGCACUUCUCCAGAAUGGAGGAGACUGUCCGAACACUACUACAGAACCAGGACUCACUGGAGGGCCCUAAGGUGGACCCACUGGAUCUCAUGAAAGCAUAUAAGGACAAACUGCUGGAAGAAAUGUGGAAGCAGCAGGACAGUCUUGAGGGGCCCACAACUACAGAUGCAGAGAUGUCGACUUCUCUGGAAGCCAGCGGUGGUUCAGAGGAAAACUCAAACAGCAAUUCCCUCCUCGGACGACUUCGAGCUUUGGAGGCUGAGAACUCCGCUCUGUCCUUGGAAAAUGAUAACCAGAGGAAGCAAUAUGAGCGCUGCCUGGAUGAGGUGGCCAACCAGGUUGUCCAGGCUCUCCUCACUCAAAAGGACUUGAAAGAAGAAUGUGUAAAGUUGCGCACGCGUGUCUUUGACUUGGAGCAGCAAAACCGCAUACUGAGCGUUUUGUUCCAACAGAGAGUCAGAAUGUCCCCGAGUCCUGCCCCCAAGGAAAUCCAAAGAAAUGGAAAAGCGCGUAUCGCUGCAGGAAAGUGGCCGAGUCUUCUGAGCCUAACAUGCCCACGCAGUAGCGGAAGUGAAAUGUCACUAUCCAGUGCUUGUAGUGACUAUUCCAGUGGCUCCCAUACAUGGGCUGAGGGACGUGGUUUGUCCAAACAGUGUGCCACAAACCGGGACAAAAGGAUGAGUAUUGGGCCUGCAUCCAGUAAUCAUCCUGGACUUUUUGAGCAGACAGACUUUGGACAAAAAGAAGGACACACUGAAGGAAGCCUUCAGACAAGCAGCCCCAAAGAGAAAUCCUACCCUGUUCCUGUGCCACAUUGCAGAGACUGCAUGACCUCUAAUGAGGAUAUUUAUUCACUUGGUGUUAAGACGGACCCGCUGGAGACGACAUCUAAACAAGCCGCCCAGACAAACAAAAACGUCAAAGAAGGGAUUGCUGCCAUGAACUCUGAUGAAAGUAGCAAUGAUUUGCAUAUAUCACAAAGUAAGGAAUCCAAACAAGAUGUCCCAACGGAUGAUGACAGCUUUUUGCAUGAAGACUCCGGAAAGCCUACAGGCAUUUUCCCUUCGCAUGUUUCAGAAAGCUUUACAUUUUCUCUUGGCCCAGCAGUGCAAGUCAGUGUAAGUCCAACAGAAAGUCUGGAAGAAAACAAUAAAGUGUCCCAAGAAGCAUAUGAGAACACUGGCAUAAUAUUAAGUGAUAGCAACAACAAUCAAGAAAGAUCGAGCGACCGUAAAUCCCGACUGGAUCACAUGAAAAGACAACGGGGCAGACCUUCAGUGGAGGUUGAAGCAAGGACAAACGUAGUAUUUCAACAUUCUGCGACAAGAGCUCUGAGCUGCAUGAGUGAAGCGAGACAACGCAGCUCUUCGGUGGAAGUUUCCCAUUGCAGAGACCCUUCAAACCAGGACCACGUGAUGUUGUUGAAAUCUCCACAAAGGAACCAAAAACCUAAACCUCAACUUUGUGACUCAGCAAGGAAGGCUUUCAUUCUACGUAGCAGGAGUGCAGAUGGAGGACCGGAACAGCAUAAACAUGUUCAUUCUCCUCUACAUCAGAAUCUUAUAAGGGCUCACAAAUCCAAAGGGCACUCCAACGCACCCGGACACGGAGGUCCAAACAAACGGACUAAUCACGCUAAACUGCACGGAUCAAGUCAUGUUGACGUUGAACACGAUGAAGAUAUUACGCAUUCUAGCUGCAAGUCCCUGGAACGUAUACCACAACGCUCUCCUCUUGCUUCACCUGUUAAACAUUCUUUAGCGUCUAAGCCUUUAGCGAGCGAUGAAGUCGCAAAUAGUCGAACAGAGUUGCAAAUAACCAGACUUCCAUCCAGCAAAGACUGCGCCGAAGAGGCUAUCUACGAUAACUUACCCUGCACCGCCAAACCACCACAAGAACAGCUCUCUGAUGCGUGCUCUACAGAACAUCGGUCUCCGUCGCCACCGCCUCUACCCGGUCGAACAACUUCACUUCUCCGUAGAACUGCCUCUGAUUCUGUACGCGCUAAUCAAACAGAAGUUCAGCCUCAGGGUGCUGCUGCCGGAAAGGCAGGUCAGCUCUCUUCAGCUGUGCAGCUUCAACAGACCAACCCUGCACCGAGCAAUCAACAAUUGGACUUUGAAAGAACUGAAGCACCUGCAGUCAUCUUCAACCCCCACACGUCGAGGAUGCCGGUCAUCCCAGUUCAAGAAGCACAGGAAUCAUCCAAAUUAUCAGUUGAGAGAACAGUCACAUAUCACAGUGGAAACGUCGCUGCCUCGAUAUUACCGAGUCAGAAUAUCUUACAAAGAUCUCAGCAGAGCAUUAGUGAGCCAAGACUUUCAGAAGUCAUGCCUCAGACAUAUUCAAAUGCCUACUACCAUAGCGUCACUAAUAAUUGUCAGAGUUCCACAUCCAGAUCUGUAAAAAUGGCUAUUUCUACUAAUGUUAAAUCUCAUGAGUCAAUUCCCGGAAAAGAAGGCGGUACGUUCCUCGUUUUUGGUCGACAGAACAAAGACGACACAAACCCAUCCAUAAAAGGCAUCCAGACAUUUCAGACAUAUAUUUGUGAACCGCAGAUAAUGCAUGAGUACGUUCCUCUUGACAAAACCAGAAGAAAGAUUGAGACUCGCUGUAAUUCCCUGGAUUCUGAGCCCUGUGGUCUUCCCGUUGCAUCAGACAGUGGCGUGAUGUUAGACUGGGGCUUUGAUGAGGAAGGCUGGCUGUUCAAACGGUCAGUCUCCGUGUCAAACAGACCUCCACUUAAACCGGUAAUGGGCAUGAAUGGGGCCAAAGUUCGAAGCCAGAGCUUCGGCGCACGCUACAUGGAUAGACCCAGCUUUAACCGAUCCGGGAAAGUCCGCACCCAAAUCAAAACACAUUCGGGGAGCUCCCUAAACUCUCUUGGCGAUGUCCUCCCAGGAAGCAUGAGCUGCUCCAGUAGCUAUCAUUGCCCAAUGAACCGAUCUCUUUUGAACAACUUCCUAAUUGAAGAAGGCCUGGCAGUCCCUCCGCAUUUGGGGUCAUCAAGUGAAAGACUCCAAAGUUUAAAACACCAACGAGAACAGGCAAGACGCCUUCAAAUCGAGCAACAGUUUUCAAGUGCAUUCGGGGAACCGGUUUGUGAAGAGCCAGAGCGACAAAGUACCAUCACUACUAUAGAAGAGAAGGUCAUGCUCGGCAUAGAAGAGAACUUGCAUAAGUCUCAGGAACAGGAGAGAAGCAGUGAAGUCAAGCAAAAAUCGGCCUCGACUUUGGCCAACUGGUUUGGUUUCCGGAAAGGUAAGCUUCCCGUUCCGAGCAGCAAGAAGACUGAUUCACCAAAAGUGAAAGAAGACAAGAAGGAUCAAAAGAUUACAUCACUUCUGGGAGGAAAGCAGACAAAAACGGACAAAAAGAGAGACAGGAGAAAAAGCGACGGAAAAGAUUGCUCUGUAGGACGGAGAGAGUCACAUGAUGCAGUACGAGCGUGCAUCUCAAUGCCCUGCCCAGGGAUGUCCCUUAAUGAGACACAAGGACAAAAUGACAUCAUUGGGGACGCGCAGAUGAUGAACCAGAUAGCCGAUGGUGAAAAUGCAUCCCUCAUGAAGCCCACCAUCCAGGAUGCUGUAAUAGGGUCUGGCUGCAAGAUGCGAACUUUGGACAGUGGAAUUGGGACCAUCCCCCUUCCUGAAUCCUGUUCCUUCUUCUCCUCCAUCCUGCACUUCCUCCCCAAGUCUUCAUCUACCCCAGAACAGUCUCUCAGUUCUUCCAGUGUCCCUGACUCCUACAGUGAGGAGGUGUCUCCAUCCCCAUUACCCCGAUGGAGAAUACCCUCCACUUUUAAGGACAGCAACCAUGCAAGAGUGUCCAAUUCUCUGUCUGACACCUCCAUGACCCAUAUGACCCAGUCAGUGCCUUUCCCCACUGUGGCCUUCCUCCAGCCCAUGCAACCCCAACCUGAACCCAUUGUGACCUCUGCUCGUGUGUGUGAUACUCAGAUCAGACCCCCAAGAGCACCACAAGGUGGAAUGGAGCCAAAGAAGCUGACAUAUAUCAAAACAAAAACAAGAGCCCCGCAGAACCAGCAGAAAGAGCAGACUCGACUUCGGCUUGCCAACUAGUUUGUGAAGUCCAUUAAAAGUAAGACGUGAAUCAGCUGGGAUCAGCAUUUGAAAACACUUCCUGUUUGGACUCGUGUGGACAUCAUGCAACUUGAUAUUGAAUGUUUCAGAUUGACACCUCAAACAUUUUGAUUGGCUUCACGGCUGAUUAUGGUUGUUCAGUUACACACGCCUCUCUUGUCUAAUGCAAACAAUUCCAUGUAGCUAUGAGACGGAAUCAAGGACGCGCUGGUUCUAAUCCUCUCAAGCAGGCUAUAGACAAAGUUCUUAGGACCUCCUGAGAAAACCACCAAUCAGAGAUCUUCUACUGUUUAUGAUACUUAGUGAUUUUAGGAAUCAGCUGCAAAUGUUGUUAGGUGCUCCUAAAUUUUGAACUUGACUUGCGGACCGGUCUGAUGUCUUCCCGGUUAGGAUUUGGCCCACAGGCCGCCAGUUAAAUAACCCUACACUAAGGACAUGGUUACAUGACAUUGUUUUUUAAGUCUUAAGCAUAUACUUGUUUUUUUAUUCUCAUGUUUUUUUUUGUUUUUUUUUUCCAGGUUAUGAGUUAAUGACACUUAAUGUUAAGAAACAGGUGAACGCUUGUACAGAGAAGGUGUGAAAGCCCCUUUCGUAGCUUCAAGUGCUAUAUCAAACCCCAUUACCAUUUAUUGUCAAAUCCACUUCCUCCUCCGUCAGCUGUCUUUCCCGUGUUGUCAUCAUAUCAAUCUUUUCAAGACUGGAGAACCUCAUCACCGUAUCCUUUCCAAUUCUUUACACAUAAUAGUUGUAUUUAUGGUUAAAAAACAAAAUGACCAUAUGGACAACUACAAGCUAUGAAAACAUCUACUGUAACUUCAGGCAUGGAUUACACGUGUUGUGAUGCAUGGACUGGCACGGGUCUGUAGGAUGCAUGAUGCUUGUAGAUAUGAGACGGAUACAUACAUGUCAAAAGAACAAUGAAUGGGUGCUUGUGUGACGAUACACACACUGCUAAGUCACAUGGUGCAUUUCUGUUCAAACAUCUGGACAAUAGAACCACUAUUGCUAUUUAUGUAGUUAUUACUGUGCCAACAUUAAACUGUGCUCACUCAUAUUGUUUGGUACCGUAGUCCGGACCAAAAAAAAAAAAAAGUUUGCACAUUUGGUUCUGACUUUGGGUGAGAGGAGGAGUCCACCCUGGACUGGUUGCCUGUCAAUCAUAGGACGCAUAUAUCCAAACAAGCAUUCAUUCCCAUGCACAAUUUCAUUCAUUCAUUCAUUCAUUUUCUACCGCUUUUCCUCACGAGGGUCGCGGGGGUGCUGGAGCCUAUCCCAGCUGUCUUCAGGCGAGAGGCGGGGUACACCCUGGACUGGUUCCAUGCACAAUUUUCACAAUAAAUUUGCAAAUUAUGCAUGUUUUUGGGAGAACAUGCAAACUCCACACAGACGUAGUGUGGUUGCAGGCAUGCUUACCACAUCGUCAGUAUACUUAAAACCACAAACUGAUUGAAUCUGGUUAGUAGUUACGAACUUAGAGAAAUAUUAUUCAAUACCUGACAUUUUCCAUUAUUAUUAACACGUUUUCUGUAAAUAAAAAAUAUGUCUGUAAGUUGACAAUCAUGGCACUCUUUAUAUAGUUGUAUUGUCCUAAUCUGCAUGAUCUGUGGUGUGGAGGUGGCACCAUAUGAAUCUCACCUCCUGAUGACUUUUACUGCAGGUUUUCUAUCACAUACCGUGUAUUACAUAUCGUGUAACUGUCACUCACAAAUGCAACGACUUUGACUUGACGCCACAAUGUAUAACAUCAAGUGCACGUGUCUUAGGUGAAAUGCACAUCUGUCCAUUGUGUUUUGGGUUGAAGAGUUAUUCCACGGUUAUGACAUCGAGACAACCCCCUUGAGUUGUGCACGGAAUCUCGUAGACUUGAUUUUACUCGCUCAGGGACAAGACUUUUAAUUGUCUCCGAUGGAUGCUGUGGAGUAAACGUCCAUUUGAGCACACGUUCAUGCAUCAUGUCACUACUCUCGGUAUUUACCUCAUUCAUUUCUUUGUUGUGCUUAUGCAAGAUAGAUUCUUACUUCAUGAUGUAUACUAGUGAUAUUUUGGUGUUACUAUUACAUUCCCGCAUACGGUAUUUCCUAAUUGUAGCAGCUUUGCAAUGUUUUCUCAUAUUCCGUUUCUGAACACUGAGCUAAAUACAUUUACAGAAAUGCAAAAGAACAUAUCAAUUGUGUGACUAUGGAGCCAUAUUCCUAUAAAAAGAUGUAACAUUUUCAUAUGAUUUCAACUGUAGCAUUAGACAUAUGUGUUUCCAACUACUAUAUGCAUGUUAAUUAGAGUAUUAGCAGUGCUCUUUAUACUAAUAGCAAUGCCCAGGUCUUGUAAAUGUGAGGCACUUUUUUUAAUGGUAACACUGAUACGGGUGGAUGGACCUUGGCAUCUUUAUUGUUGUCAAAUGUCAACAUGUCUUAAAUAAUGACAAGCGUGACCCUUACAAGCAUAUUGUAUUUUUAUAACAUGGUAUUUACACACACAUCACUGAUUGGUGUAUUCUACCGUUGCACAGUUACUCACCGUUACAGUCAUUUUCCUUGUCUUUUUUUUUUUUUUUUAAA